AUGCGGGCAUUUUCUCUUUUACAAAUGGUGGCAGUGGUCGCUGCUCUGAAGGAGUGGGCUCCAGCUGGCGAAUCUGACUCUCGCAGCCCAUGCCCCGGGCUGAAUACUCUCGCAAACCACGGAUAUCUUCCUCAUGAUGGCAAGAAGAUUGGCUUCACCCAAUUCGUCCAGGCUAUCACGGAAGGCUUCAACUUUGACAGCUCGAUCGGACAGUUUCUCGCUGCCGGUGCCUUCCAGGUCUUCGGACUGGACACCGCCACCGACACACUUGAUCUCGAGAAGCUGAACACUCCCGGGUUCUUGGAGCACCCUGCAUCUAUGAGCCGUCAGGAUCAGCCAGGCGGAGACAGCCUGCACGUUGAUCCUGAGCGUGUCGAGGCUAUGCUUGCGGACAGCUCCAACCCGUACCUCGACGUCUUCUCUCUCGCCACUACCCGUCGUCGCACUUUUGACGAGUCAGGUCGCCCUAACAUGAGCGACACCAUCUGGUCGAUCAUGUUUGGUGAGAGUGCCUUGACCCUCAUUGCCAUGAACAACAAGGAAUUCCCCGCUGCGGGCUCCCCAGCAGAGGCUUACUACGGCCUGGAGGCACCAAAGGAAUGGGUCAAGACCUGGUAUGAGGAGGAGCGAUUCCCAGAGGAGCUGGGCUGGACGCCCCUGGCUCGUCAGAUCAACAUGACCGAGCUCAGCGCCGUUGGCAGCGUCGUCAGGGCCGAAUUCACCAAGCUAUAA